AUGGCAAGUCAAACACAGGGGAUCCAGCAGUUGCUGGCAGCUGAAAAACGUGCUGCAGAAAAAGUAUCAGAGGCGAGAAAGCGAAAAGCGAAACGCCUAAAGCAAGCCAAGGAAGAGGCUCAGGAUGAAGUGGAAAAGUACAGACAGGAGCGAGAGAGGCAAUUCAAAGAAUUUGAGGCCAAGCACAUGGGUACAAGGGAAGGUGUUGCUGCUAAAAUCGAAGCAGAGACCAAGGUGAAGAUUGAGGAGAUGAACAAAAUGGUCCAGACCCAACAGGAAGUGGUUAUCCAAGAUAUUCUUCAGCUGGUGUAUGACAUCAAACCCGAGUUACACGUUAACUACCGCAUAGACUAA